CAGACAGAGGACAGAGGGAAGCAGCCAAAGAGGAAAAGAGAGCAACCCGUGAGAGAAAAUCAACAAAGCCAAAGAAAGAAAGAAAGAAAGGAAGGAAGAGAGAGAAAACCCUGAGAGAGAAACUGAAAGAGAAAGGAACGGAGGAGUGAACAACCUACUGAACAGAGAGCGAUAAGAGAGGUGCUGCAUUGGUGUUGCACUGAAACUAAACCACCCUUCAACACCAUCACCGCCACCUUCACACACCAGCGUCAAUCUCUGUCAAUCUGCCCCAUCUCUGAUUGUCUCUGUCUAAAGCAGAGAGCGCACAUCUACACCAUCACAACCAGUCAGUCUGUCUGUUGUUUCAGAGUGCUUGUCGUUUUUUCUUCUGUCUGUGAAAGGAAGUCAGUUCUUAUCGCAAGUGUCAGGAAACUGAAGUGUGUCACUUUGUUGAUCAGUUGGUUUGCUAGCAAGUGGGCCAGUGUCCUUGUCUGUCAACUUAACAUCAUCUUUAGAAACCCACUGCCCCACAGAAACCUUUAAUCAAAGUUUAAAAAGAAAGAAAGAAACACAGAAAACCCCCCCCCCACAAAACACCAUGGCCCCCAAGAAGAAGGCUUCACGUCAGAAAAAGGUCACCGUGGACACCCAGGUCACCUUGGAGACAACUGCCAACAACCCGCUGAAGGUGGAGAGCCGCGGUGACGGUGUGGUGGUGGUGGAGAGCCGGGCGAAGAAGAUUGAGCAGAUGGCGGAGCUGGACAUCGUUCAGCUCAACAGCCUCAACCUUCCCCUGCCGCCGCCCAUUAUCAAGCCCGGAGAGAAAGGCCUGGGCCUGGGCAGCGAGCUGACCCGACCCCUGCAUGGCAACGCGCUCCUGGAAGAACUGAGCAAGAUGCGCCAGGAGAGGUUCCUGACUGAUUUGGAACUGGCCUGUAAGACCAAAUCCUUUGACGUACAUAAACUGGUCAUCUCCUCCAUCAGCCAAUACUUCAGAGAGAUUCUGGCCAAAGACCCUGGGAUGAAGCGCCUGGAGCUCCCCUCUCUCUCUCCACUAGGCCUUGCCAAUGUGAUCACCUUCGCCUAUCUGGGUCGGGUCCACAUGUCCCUCUACACCAUCGGAUGCACGGUGUCGGCAGCAGCCACCCUGCAGAUCCCCCAGCUCCUCAAGAUGUGCAUGGACUUCCUGCUGGCUGAGCUCAACAUCCAGACCUGUGUCUACAUCUGGAACAUUGCCGCUGCCUACAGCCUGUUGUCUGUGCGUGACGCCGCCCGCCGCUUUGUCCUGGAGAACUUCUUGCAGUUCUCUGAGACACCACUGUUCACCCAGCUGACCCUGGAGCAGAUCUCUGCCUUCUUGCAGGACGACGCACUUGUCCUGCCCUCAGAACUUGCCGCCUUCCAGCUGGCCAUGAAGUGGUUGGAUUUUGACCCCCUGCGGCAGGUGCACGCCGCUGAACUCCUGUCCCAUGUGCGCUUCGAGACCAUCCCUGCCAGCGAGCUGGUGAGCCAGAUCCAGCCGGUGGCCCGCAUGAUGCUGGACCCUCAGUGUCACCGCCUAUUGGUGGAUGCCAUGAACUACCACCUGCUGCCCUACCAGCAGAACACCCUGCAGUCCCGACGCACACAGGUCCGAGGGGGGCAGCCCACCCUGCUCACCAUCGGGGGGCGCCCCUCCAUUACCGAACGCGCCCUCAGCCGCGAGGUGCUGUGGAGAGACCCCAGGGAUGGAGGGGCCACUUGGCGCCAUUUGUCCCAGCUUCCUGCCAAGAGCUUCAACCAAUGUGUUGCUGUGAUGGAUGGCUUCCUGUACGUGGCAGGAGGAGAGGACCAGAACGACGCCCGCAACCAGGCCAAGCACGCCGUCAGUACCCUCAGCAGGUACGAUCCUCGCUUCAACACCUGGCUUCACCUGGCCAGCAUGCGCCAACGUCGCACUCACUUCUCCCUGGCGGCCGCCGGCGGCCGCCUGUUUGCCAUUGGCGGACGCAAUGUGGAGGGCCUGCUGGCCACCACUGAGAGCUACCUGCCCUCCUCCAACACCUGGCAGCUCCGUGCGCCCAUGGAGGUGCCACGCUGCUGCCACUCCAGCGCCACCCUGCCCUCCGGAGACAUCCUGGUGACUGGCGGCUACAUCAACUGCGCCUAUUCCCGCUCGGUGGCGUGCUACAACGUGGACACCGACUCCUGGACAGAGAAGGCCCCGUUGGAGACACCCCGCGGGUGGCACUGCUCCGCCACAUUGGGUGGUAAGGUGUACGUGGUGGGAGGGAGCCAGUUGGGACCUGGCGGGGAACGUGUGGAUGUGCUCUCCGUGGAGGUGUUCUCGCCAGAGAGUGGGACAUGGUGCCGCGCCGCCCCCCUGCCCCUUGGCGUGAGCACGGCCGGCUUGUCGCCCCUGGCCGAGAAGCUGUACCUGCUCGGUGGCUGGAACGAGGCGGAGAAGCGCUACAAGGCAGCCAUCCAGAAGUACGACCCGGCCACAGACAGCUGGUCCGCGGCGGAGGAUCUGCCUGAGCCGACGGUGGGUGUGUCCUGCUGCACCCUGACCCUCCCACCCCGCCAAACUCACCGCAGACAGCAGCACCGGAACACCCCAGCCCACGAGGAGCAGCCCCCACCUGCUAAGAAUAGGAGCAGAGAGAGCAGCAUGGCUCCCCUUCAGAUCACCACAGCCUAGAGAGACGGAGACGGAGAUGGAGAUGGGAAGAGAGAGAGAUGGAAUAGAUGUGAAACGAGGGAUGACGGGUGACUUUGCAAGAACAUCCAUGUGGUGUGUAAUACAAGGUCCAUUAGCAGACGAGAGAGAGGUGGAUAUAUGGUAGAGUGGGAGGAGAAAGGUAGGGGAUAACAGAGUGAAGAGCAGGUGGAGGCGCAGAAGAGAGGAGGGUGUCGGGAGGCAAAAAGUGCAGGAGCAGUGGCUAGUUUCUGCAGCGUAGCUUUGGUCAGCAGUUUCCAAAGAUGUGCCAUUGAGGUGAAAUGGUAAGCCGGUCUUUAAGCCCAGGUGAACACUUCACCAGCUGAUUUCACUAAACCAGUGGCCCUCAAUCAGAUCCUCAGGUACCACCAGUACUGCUGGGUUUUCUAUUCUGUCGGGUUGUUCCAGUUAUUCCAGCCUCAGGAAGCCGCGGGAAGCUUCUACACCUGGCUGAGGACCUGAUUGAGAACCAUUGCACUAAAUAGUUCCUCCCUCAAUGUUUGAGGUUGUGCUAAUUGGUAAAAACAGAUUUUGUAGUGUUUGGUUAAAAUGAAAACCAGUAUACUAUUGAUCCUGGAUGGGAUAUGGACUGUUAACCACCAAUAAAGGCUGAAUACUCUCUAGCAGAGUUGGAUCAAACAGGGCCUGUGUUAAUAACUACAGUCAAGAUGACUGUGAAUCCAUUAUGUGUACAAAGAUUAUUAGUGUAAAUUAGGUAAGGCAUACAAAGUGUAAUGGCUGUGUGUGUGUGUGUGUGUGCGUGUGUGUGUGUGUGUGUGUGUGUGUGUGCGUGCGUGCGUGCGUGCGUGCGUGUGUGUAUGGAGUAUUGCUUGUUGCAGAGUGAAUGAUAAGAGUGUAUGGCUGUUAGGUAAUGAGCCAUUUUGACAAAGGUCCCAUGUGGUACAAAGGUACCAAUGCCAUUAAUACCGUUUUGCAUCAACCAACGUUCAGGCAUUUUUCAUGACGCCACAUCAGCAAUUAACAUACUGUGUGUAAUGUAUUAUUUAUUUUCUGUAUAUCGUUUUGCCAGAGGUAGACGA